CUCUCAACUUGAAUCUGUAAAACAGGGAAGUCAAGUGACAUCGCAAAUUCUCAAGCACCAAGAAAAGUGGGAAAAGGUUGGUUGGUCGACACGAAGCUAAAUAUGAACAAGACAAACUAGAUCUGUAAUUGCACAUUAACCGUUAAUUACGGUAAAACGAUAAAAACUGGAUUCACUGGGGCUCCCGAGUGGCGCAGCGGUCUAAGGCACUGCAUCUCUGUGAUAGAAGCGUCACUACAGACCCUGGGUCGAUUCCUGGCUGUAUCACCACCGGCCGUGAUUGGGAUUCCCAUAGGGUGGCGCACAAUUGGCCCUGCGGCGUUAGGGUUUGGCCACGUUCACCGGGGCCUCUGAAUGCUUGUGUUGACAUUGACACAGUGAAUGUUUUUGACCACAGUCCAAGGCCAAGUUCCGCUAUAUCAUCUGGAUUGUUUGUGUAACUUCUGUCUGGGGCUUUGGAAGUGCUGUUUUUCCCAACCUCCGAGGGAAUAUGAGUUACACAGCAACAAACCAAAGACUAGAGGCACUGUCCCUUCUAAAAUAACUGUUGACUAGAUUCAGUUGGACCACGUUUGUCAUGGGCACCACACUGAGUGAGCCUUGCAUCUACGACAAGCUGUCAGAGAGCAUCGAUAUUCUCCGCCAGUCGGGGUAUCGCUAUGGCAUGUCGGAGAGGGAGAUCGAGAAGUUUAUCAAACAAGUCCUGGAGACAAACGAGCCUCGAAGAGACCCGCCACAAUUCCCCAUCCUUCGAGCCACUAUCAAGUUUGUGGUAGCGGUAGGCUUUCUGUUGGUGGUGGUGCUGGCCUUCACCUACCCCCACACUCGGCCCCAGCUAGGUGUGAUGUACACGGGGGGACACAACUGGUCCUCCCCCCUCAGCCACGUCAGACUACUAGCUCUGCCCAUCGCCAAGAAGUACAACCUGCAAGGUUUCCAUGAGUGGUGGAGUGUGGGGGCUCUGCGGCAGGGCCUGGUCAACUGUUCUGGCUGUGCAGAGGUCUCCUCUGUGCUGGAGGUCCCCGAGACCCUCAGAGAGUCUGCAGCCAUGCGCAGGGGGCCACAGCCUGUGCUGCUUAAGGGUGGGGAGUAUCUGUGCAUGCAGAGGCAGCAGCUAGAGGAGCUCUACUCAGCGCACUCCGGCUCCAUGAGUAUACUAGUGGAGAAAGACAACCUACUGUCACAUGACGAGUGUUUUCCACAGGGCCCAGCAAACUUCACCCUGCUCUGGAGGUUUACAUCUGUGGCCAGAGAGAAGGUGUUAAGGUGGCUGUUCCCCAAGGCUGAGCUAUGUCCCCUACUGGACAGCGCCGGAACAACAUUGCAGCGUUGCCUGGUCACGCAUAGUGCCAACUCUCAGAGCAGAGGGGUGCGAGUGCUGGGCUGGCUGGUGGUAGGAGAGGGCCUGCCCACAGUUAGAGUGCUCCCUGUCCACCACUGUCAGAAACACUGCAGCUCCUUCAACCUCUGGCUGGGACCUGGAGAUAUGGUGUACGCUGACCCGCUUUACUGGCAGAUGGAGCUGUUCCCCGGCCGAGACCAAAACAUAGUUUGUGACGGCUCCACUUUCUGAGGGAGGAGAGGAACAACUGAAUGAGACAGAAUGGGAGGAAGACGGAGGGAGAGAGUGAAACUCCACUCCAGUCCAGACAUCUGCAUACUGGCUGAGAAUAUCACUUCCUGUAGAGUCGGAGUGUGAUUGGACCUUUUAACCGUCCCUUGCAGGCUAGUCCCGCCCUUCUAUAGGUAUGGGAAAGAACACUCACCACAGGCACAAGAUAGACUGAAGAAAUCUGAACACCUCUCAUCUCCCCUACCCUUCUCUGGUCUAAUACCAAACUCCUCUCUAGCCCCUACUUCUGCCUCUUCGUUGAUAUCCCUUCGCAGAUCUAAGACAACUGGAUGGUUGUAAGCGGGGAGAGACCACUCUCAGGCUUGGAGGUGUGUGUCUCGAUGAGGAAGAGGCUGGAAUGUUCCCAAACUCGGACUGUUUGCCUCAGAGGAAAAAUGGAGAGAGUGACUGAUUAACAGCAGAAGGUCUUGCCUCUGUUUUGUUCAGUUGAAAUGUUCAAGAUUGUUUUGGUUAUGUUUUUUAGUUGUGAUCAAAUCACACAGCCACAACAGGAAUAAUGGGACAGUUUUGUGGCGCUGCCCUCCUCUCAUCUACUCACUCUUAUACCGGACCGUAUUCAUCACCUAAGUUCAACAUGUCACUGCUAGUGUAACAAUGACAGUUGGUUAGGAGGAUGUAUGAAAUUGAUUUGUCAGUUUGGUGAAUUGCAUUUGAUUACUGAAAGUGCAGAUAUUGUAUUUAAUAUAUAGUUGACGAUAAGUGCUUGUGCCAUAAUUUCAGAAAGACUGAAAUGCUAUUUCUUAAGGUUCUUUUCACUAACUGUUUUUGUUUUGUCACUGCUUUUUCCCAUGUCAUCCAGUCUCCCGCGUGAGCACUAACAAGCCAGAAUUUGUUGAUGUCACAGUGUUUGAUGUUUUGUCACUAACGUUAUAGUCCCAGUCGGUAUUAGAUCAAAUGUUGCGGCCCUGCAAUUUUCUUGUUGUUUCAACAUUGCUUGCGUUCUCACUACUUAGAAAAAACAAAUAUUCUAGGGCUUCCCUCAUGCGCCUUUACAUGAUGGUGCUAGCAGCCGAGUGAGUGCUACCGGCUACCGACCGGAACAUUAAGCUAGCCAAGACAAACGCACACAAAAAGAAGUAGUGAGUGGCGUUACAAACGGACUAUACUAAACAAGUUAAAUGUCUUACCUAUGAUUAAAUGUUUUCCACACACAGCUACCUUUAGCCUACUUAGACACCAGGUCGCCACAUCUCCCACGCCGAGAAUAGCCUGAAGCCACAGGGCUCUUCUUGCAGGCUCAAUUUCCCUGUGUGGGAGCAUUUGGAACCGUUGGUCGUGAUUUUUGACCUGGUUACAUGUACAUUGAACAACACAGCAGAUUUUCUCCAUGUUUUGUUAUUUCUGUCUACCAAAAAAUGGAUGACAAAGUUGGCUCUUUUACACUGGGGGUUAUUGGGAAAUAAGUUUUGUUUUCCCCAAUUUGUGGGCAUGGUUGAGGGGAAUUCCUUAUUAUGUGAAUAGCGACAUGGACUAUCGAUGUUCAGAGAUUUGAUCCUGUUCUAUUGUCAACAUAAUGUUUAUAGAGUUUUAAUCUCUCAGAAUUCACCAUUGUCACGUUAUGGCCUUAUUGUUAAGCUAUAUUUUAACAUUUUAAAUUCAUCUGUUUUUCAGCUUCCCUGUUGGAGCUGUCUUCUUUUAUCAUUAUUUAUUGUUUCAAGUUCAAAUGAUGUCCAUGUACUGGAACCUAAGCUAUUAAGUGGUUAUUAUUGUUAAUCUCUUCAUGACUGUGGAUGUAUUGGCAUGUACUACUGCCAUAUUGCAUAAUACAUACUAUGAAUGCAUCUGUUCUUUGGUAGUACACAUGUCCAAUUCCCUCUUUCGUAUGAACUCGGAGGAUAGUGCCAAAAAUAGUCUAUUAAAGAAGUUCGAUUUUUUUUUUAUAUAUAUAUAUGUAAAUGGCAUGUUAGAAGGGUCUAGACAUUUUCUUUGCGAUUUCACUUGUUUUUGAGAAACUUAUCCAAAAUAGAAUAUAACGUUGCUGAGACAAUGUACAUCUAAGAACUGCAUCACUAUACUGAGAGCUUUUCCGUUUUUAAGUAUUUGGAUGUUUUUGGAGAUUUGUUCAUGUUUUUUCCAGUGCCACCAUACUGCACAACGAGGAAGUGAAUUGCUGGUUGGGGUAAGUUUCUCAAAAACAAAUGAAAUAGCAAAAAAGUUUCUGGACCCUUCCAUAACAUGCCAUUUCUUUCCACCCAUCAAAGUUCUCUGGGUGGAUAUAAAUUAGAAUCCACACAGGAAGUGGCUCUCAGGUUCUCUCUCCUGUCUGAAACCCAGUUGGGUGGGUGAGAUAUCUUUACCAUUACAUCUUCUUUGCUGCUCAAAAUAUAGUUGUGGUUCAAGGCCCUCGGCUUUGACCAACCAAUAUCAUCACCUCCUUCCUAAACCUGACACAUUUCCCUUGAGUUCAAGCUUGCCUUUUUCUUAUCACGCCUUAUAGUGCACUGUAUGUCAUUGCAUAUAUUAUCCUAGCUACAGAUUGUAUGCCAGAUAAUGUGAUAUAACCAAAGAUUUUUGGGGUCCAGUAACCAAAGACUUAUAAUAGGUUAUAUCACAUUAACUGGCAUACUAUCUGUAGCUAAUAUUCUCCCUGUUUUAUUUUCUUUUUCUGUUAGCAAGCUCAAGGCUACUUAAUUUGGUGUCCUUCAAGCAGUCCACUGUGGGUUCUUUGUAUUGAAACGGGGAAAUGUAUAUCACUGGCUUUAAAUGUGAUUACUUUGGUGAAAGUGGCAAUUCAACCUUUUUUUAUUGGCUUUGAACAAUAGUUUUGUAUGAUCAAAUUGCAAUGUGAGUCAAGAAUUGGACACUUGUUUUGGUUGUGUGUGCUUAAUAGGUGUCAUGGAAAUCAACACUUUAAUUUGACUAUUGUAUUUUUGAUAUCCCUUUAAAUCAUGAUGUUAUAAAAUGUGCAAUAAUUUCCAUGUUGGAUCUUAAAAUCAGAGCAUUAUAUCAAAUAGUUUGAUUUCAUGCACUCCUGUGUCGUCUCUGGCUUCUUUAAUGUGAUGCCAAGCUAUUAUCAAAUCGAUUACCUAACGUUUGAUUGAUUAUGUGAUUGAAUUAAACCAUGCAACAAUUAACUCAUUAAUAACCUGGUGCACCAUGGAAGAGUUAGUUUAUAUAAAGCGGCUAUCUCCCAAAUCCAUUCUUAAAUGGUGGCAGGUAGCCUAGUGGUUAGUGUUGUGCCAGUAACCAAAAGGUUGCUAGAUCGAAUCCUUGAGCUGACAAGGUAAAAAUCUGUCGUUCUGCCUCUGAACAAGGCAGUUAACCCACUGUUCCUAGGCCAUCAUUGUAAAUAAGAAUUUGUUCUUAACUGACUUGACUAGUUAAAUAAAGGUUCAAUCAUUUUUUUUUUAAAUACA